AUGUAUGUGGUUGUGCCUAUGCCUUGUAUGUUCUUUGGAGGAGGUUCAACACAAUUCCUAAUUAGUCGAGAUGGUGGAGGUUGGAUAGAUGCAGCAAAGUUCAUGACAGGAGCAUCAACGGUAGGAAGCCUCGCGAUUCCAAUCAUAUUAAGGCAUGCAGGAAUGAUCGAGACGGGUGCAAUGCUCAUAGAGUUCACAUCGUUCUUCAUAUUCAUCUGCACUGUCAUGUGUUUUCACCGGGCUAGCCUCGAUGAUUAUGAUUGGUAA